AUGCAAUUGGUAGUAACAGACUCGAUUCGGGAAGCAUUGGAAUUGGCAGCAUUAGAAACUAAACAUGCACAGGAUUCAGAACCAAACGGCACUUUGGAUCACGACUUUUCAUCAACAGCUAAAGCCAGCUCUAUAUCACAUAAACUACUUCACAGCGCUUGUUCACUUUUAGUCAAAGCAUACCCUGAUCGCCCACACUAUGCAUUUCAUCGGCUAAUAAAAGGAAGUCGUAUCGAGUUUGUCUGUCCAAAACCAAGAGAAAUAACUCCCGAGUAUAUCAAGUUUAUGGAAAAAGUCAAGAUUAAACUGGAAAAUAAGGAAUAUGAGGAUAUUGUUGGCAAAAUGCCUCAUGGAAAAUCCAGAGAUGCAUUGGGGAGUAUAUCAGGAGACUUGGUCGAAUUACGGAAAGUUUCAGGCCAAAUGAUGUCACUCCUCAAUAUCUUUAUUUCCAUGGCAGCUGUUUUUACAGCUCUUUAUAUUUUUGCAGAACGCUUAUGGGAAGAUCAGGGUUUUAGAGUUUUAUUUGGACUUUUUGGCGCAUUGGUUGUUGGAUUUGCAGAGGGAUGGUUUUAUACUCGCGACUGGUUAAUGGACGAAGUAAAUACUGGCUCUAAAAAGGUUGCUUACCGACCAAAUCUUAAUUCUCAAGUAGAUUCAUCGCCAUCCAUCCUCGAAUAUAAACCAACUGUAAAAAAGGAUUUGACGUAA